AAUAUGGCUAACAAUAUUUCAUUUAAGUAGUUUAGUUACAUUCACUGUUUCUGGAUAUACUUGACCGGACCAAACAUGAAGCCGAACGCUAAAAAACUGAAGCUCAAGCGCAAAACAGCUAGAUCUAAACGAGAAGCAAAAGCUAAGCGGUUACAUCAAGUUUCCUCUGAUGAGCAAGAAGCACAUGGGAAAGUUAGAAAGCGUCGAAAACUGAGACGUAAAAGACGGAAAGUUAAAACAAAACCUGCUCAAAUUGUUCCCAAAUUGGAACCUAAGACCAAGAUCAUUGAUGCUGAUGAAGAUAUAAUAGAUGGAUUCAGUAUUCGAAGUUUUUCAACCAUGGAGGAUAUGCAGCUGGCUUUCAACUCAUCUACUGCAAACGUUUGCGUCAACUCUUCUUCCUCCUCAAACAUAGAUACAAGGAUUCCUAAUUCAAGUAAUGAAUCCACUAACGGUGCUAGAGCACAUACGAAGCGCAGCAGUUCUCGCGAGAGCGUUACGUCGCGAUCAAGUGCCGGGGAUGGCUAUCUUGGCGAAUCAGAAGUCAGUGAAGGGCCUGAUCUGGAGAAUUCUGAUAUGGAUUUAUUCAGGCCGGCUCCGAAAAUAUUUUUGAAGCCGAAAAACCAGACUUUCGCUGCAUCAUUACCUGGGUCAAGUAAUAAACAUUUACCUAUUACAUCACAAAGGGUAGAAAUAUCUCGCCCACCCCCACCAUUAGUGCAAGCUCCGCCACUUAGCAGUACGCAGCCAGCUCAACGCCAUAUACCUCAAGAUGUAAAGCAUGCUGUGCGGCACCACCAACAGCAAGCCCCACUACAUCGCCACACCGGUUCGACUACCACUUAUCCAUCCCGUGACCCUACCCAUACUGGUAAAAUACCAAGCGCAAUCUAUGGAAGGCCGGUUACAGAAACACCAGAUCGUGGUCGCCCUAGACUUAGUCCUCAUUCUGGCAGAAUAUACCCUGGUAACAACUCAACUCCUCAACAGUCAACUCAUAGCAGUAGUGGGAAACUGCGCAGCCCUCCGUCAAAGUCAUUACAACUCUAUAACCCAAUUGGUGCUCAUGACCAACAGAACUAUUUACGUGCGGAAUUAAACAGUCGUUUCUUGGCAUCAGCGAAAGGGAGUGAGUCGCCUCAGCCAGCUACAGUGCGUGCUGAGAUACAUCAACACCAACACACGCACCAGCAUACCCACCAACAUACAAUUACUGCCCAGCCUUACCCAGAACAGCAACAAUACCCAUCCACGCCUUCCUACCCCAGUAGAGCCCCACAGUAUCAACAAACAUCAUCUUUCCGUCCAGGACACGCCCUUCCCACACCCUACCACCAUUUAUUCAAUCCAUCUGUAUACGGCCAACACGCACCUGCCCCAUUUGUAGAUCCUAUGAUGGCUCUCCCGUCCGCCGGUCCUAAUUUAGGGUACCAAAAUCUUGGAAUGCCCCCAUUUAACCCUCUUCUUAACCCUGGUACCUUUACCUCUAAUUUGCAUGGUGCGUUCCAGCCAAAACAGCUUGCCCCUCCACCUUUAAUUAAAGCCCCAACAAGUUCGCUGUUUCGUCGACCGAAUAAAGGUCGUUGGUGUGCUGCACAUGCAGUUGUGGCUUGGCAGAUCCUCAAGCACCAAAGGAGGCAAGGUAGUGAUCCCUCUCAAAAAUUGGAUCUCGUGGCUCGUGGUGCUAAUUCUUCACAGCGUACCGCGUUUCAAUCUCACCCACAAGGUGGGAGUAAAGAUCAGUCUUCUUCUAGCAAGUAUGCAGCUUUCGGAGGUCUUGGACAAUCUUCUCAAAGCGAGCAUUGGGACAGGAAGCGGACGCAUACAGAAGAUAGGGACCGAUACAGAGAAGUUCCAAGUUUGCGGGGGCGUUCUCCAACUAGUCAUCGUUCGAGGAGUCCAGUUCAAGGUCAUCCCCAUGGUGAUAGAGGUCAUCAACAAAGCGACAGAAAUCGCAGUCGUAGCCCGAUGCGACGGCAAACGCAAUCUAUCCAUGGUCAUCCUUCAUCUCAUGUUCCAAGUGUGCAGCCUUCGUCAUUACUCCCAAGUGGACACUCGAUGUCACACUUACCGGGACAUUCAAAGUUACCCCCACACCCAACUGCCCCACAUAUCCCUAGUGGGGCUGUACCCCACCCAUUAUCUGGAUACCUGCAAGAACAAUUACAGCCUCAGCACUCAAGAAUGACCGAGCUUUCACGUCCACCUGACUUUUUACUCCCAGGGUUAGCAGCAGCGGCUUCUCCCUACACCCGCCCUCCAGUUAUGUUCCCCCCUGACCAUUUAGCUGCUGCUCUGUACCAGCAGCCCUUAUAUCGCUCUGGGCUUUAUACUCACCAAGCCCCCAUGUACCCCGGUUUUCCCCCUCAAAUGACGUUACAUAACCCCUAUCGCCCCGCAAACCCUUAGGAAUUCACCCUAUUAAUUGAGGUAAUUGAUUUUAAAAUAUGAAAAGUAAAAUAUAGUUUAAGGCAAGUCAUUUAUUUCUCUAUAACCAUAUUCAAAACACAAAUAAAUAUAUAUAAAAAUAGGAAUGUAAAUAUAAAUGCGCAAAGCCAGUAAACCAUUAAAAAAUAGCAGAAUUAUAAUUAUGGCCCAUAGUUAUAACUAUUUAAUUAUGAUCUCCAGUUUUUCUCUAAAAUAAUAUCACAUAUUCUAAAUCUUUAAACUUGUUCAAUGAGCCGUGUAAUUACGGCACAUUUUUAAAAACUGUUCAGCUAUCAAAUACAAUUACAGUCAGAAAAAAAGUUGCCAAUUUUUCGAAUGAAACGUUUAAAACAUGAGCCCAAAAUGUGGCAGUAAUUUCAAAACUUUGAGCCUAACAGUUAUAUUUGGGAAUAGGGAAGUCCAACAUAAUUUGUUCUAUUGGCAAAAAAAAAACUAUUACUAUUUUAAUGUCAUGGAGUAGUUUUUUUCUUAAACUUGCCUUUUUUAAUAAAAUUAUGAAUUAUUUUGUUUCUAAAAACUAUAAUUGGCAUUUUUUUUUAAACUUUGUGAGAAAUGUUCCAUUCCGAAUAUCAUUAUAUCAAUUUUAAUUGAGAAUGAGGUCCUGAAUACUAAAUUCAUAGAUCUGAUUCGGGUAGGAGUCCUUGAACUGAACCCUUGGUUAAGUUCAAGUCACACGUAAUACAAGAUUGAGUCUCAAGGUCAUCCCCAUGCUGAUAGAGGUCAUCAACAAAGCGACAGAAAUCGCAGUCGUAGCCCGAUGCGACGGCAAACGUACGUAAAACAUUCGUACAUUUUCAACUCAUGUAUACUCUUCUGUCUAUAUUUUAACAUAACAUUAAGACUGCAGGCGUUUCUAAGAGCAGGGAUACUCUCUGUGAUAUAAAGAUACACAUAGAUGGGUGACUUGGAGACCUUUUCUGUAAGAUAGGGGUGCACAACACAGGGCAUGCGUACCAAAUUUGGCACUUCAUACUCUCAAACGUGGCACACGAACGGUUUUGUAACAAAAAAUUAUUUAUGAUAUACAUUAAAAUCAGCAGUUUUUCAGUGCAUUAAAUUUUUUCAAUAUAUAGAUAUUCGUUAUUAAGUAUUGUUAUUGAAAUUUCUUUAAUGCGUGUUUUACAGGAGUUAAUUUACAAUACCAAUGAUUGUGCGUGGCACGCGACAAGAUUAUCUUGAAAUAUUUGGCACGAAACCUUAUUUGAGUUGUGCACCCCUGCUGUAAUAUAUCCGCAAAUUUUGAAUCCUGCAUACUUACUAUUUGUCUAUAAUCUAACAUUAGGUCUGCAUUAUCUCUGGGAGCAUCCGUAAUUCUCUUUGAACCCCUUUCAUAGUGAUAUAACUGCAUAUAGAUGGGGGGGGGGGGCUAGAUCUUCUUCAUAAGCACACACUCAACUCUUGCAUUCUUAUGCUCUUAUAUCUAUAUUCAAACACUGAAUCUACAUAGCUCCUCGGGAUCCCUCUAAGUAUUAUUUCUAUAAAUGAGCGGUUCUAAACCUUUUUUAUUCGCAUAAAGAUGAGAGGCCUUGGAUCUUUUUUUAUGACCAAUUCGCACAUUCUAUUCUUUUAUGCUUAUGCCCAGGGAUGUUUAAUUCAACAUUCAAAUAUCGCUUUUCGUGUUUAUAAGAAUACCAAAUAUCGCGCACAUGAAUACAGAAUAUUACACACACAUUCUAGAGCCGCCGCAUGAAAACAUUUUACAAUUAUUUAAUGCAUGCGCCCCUGGAUUUUAAAACUGUGAAUUUAAUUUAUGUGGGGGAUGUUAGAAUGUAUUCGAAAUAAUCAAGUAUUCGGUUAUGGCCAUCCCUGCUGCGUCUAUAAUUCAACAUUAGCUUUAACAUUGAUGUCUGGGAGCAUCUUGUGCCCCUCUAUCAGUUACAUUCUCGCAUAUAGGGAGAGGGGUUUGACCUCUCCCAUAAGAAAUUCACACAUGCCUAACUCUUGCAUAUGCCUUUGUGUCUUAAUUCAACCAACUAUAUUCAACCAUCUGUAUACAUUUUUAGAAACAUCAAUAGUUUCUUGAAACCCCCCUGAUAUUUUCUAAUAGAUAAGUGGUUUUCGACUUUUCUAUAUGUAACUCGCACAGGCUUCUGCAUACCUAUGCCCUUGUGUAAUCAGGAGUUUAUUUUUGUUCACCAAACUAAAAGCACACAAGAUGAACAAAUUACAAUAGAUCAUGAAAAAGCAUUUCAGGGUGAAGGGGAGCCGUGGAAAGUGAAUUUUGGUUAUUGAGACCUAAUGCGUCCCAUGUGUCUUAAUACAGCCUUACUCUAUUCAACUAUCCUUAUACAUUUUGAGGAGCAUCAAUAGUUCUUCUGGGGGCCUAUAUAAGUGAUAUUUUUCGCAAAUAGAUGAAGGGGUGGACCAUUUCUAUAAGCAAUCAAAAAUACAAUAUAAGAACUGUUCCUUUUUCAACUUUAAUCUGCUUAGUUUGUGUUUUAAAUAUUUUAAAGAACUAUUUUUUCCUCAUUUAAUAAUUCCGCAAUGAUCUUUCUUGUAUAUAUUUUUUCACUAUUUCUCUGUUUUUAUUUGUUAUUUCAUAAUCAUUUUCACUUGUAAAGCUAUGUUUGUUUAUAAUGGUAUUCGAUUCACAAUCUUCGGUGGUGCAUGAAUGUAACCUCCCAGACACUCGAGGUUAUAUUUUAGUUGUUUAUAUUGUAUAAACUAAAAAUAUAUAUGAAAUCAAAUCUAAUGCUCUGGCAGAACAGUUCAAUAAUAGUGGCAAAUCUAAUAGAUAUUUCAUUAUACAGAGAGUCCAUAAUAUCUCUUUACAAUUUCAAUUUUGUUAUAAAUUCAAUUCUCAAUAUAUCUUGACCAGGUUUGUUGUUUUUUAAUCAGUACUUGUUUACAGAUUUUUAAUUCAUUUAAUACAUCUGUGAGGGCCAAAACAAUAUAUAUGGUAUCAAUAAAUUCCCUUUGCAGUUUUAAAUAAUUUUGAGACUUAAUGGACACUCUUUAUUAUAACAAUAUACAUAUAAUAAUAUAGAAACCCUGAUUUGAAUGGAAAUUGGAGAAUCUGUGGACUGCACUGGCGAAACUCUAGAAUUUGGAACCCUGUUGAAAAACUACUUUUUCGGAAGAAUAUUAUUAUCUCGAUUCAUUCCAUUUAGGUGAUGGGAGUCACUUUGUGAGUCUGAUAGUUGCCACUGAGUUUUUUUUAUUAGAUUGGCUGAUUGUUAUUUUACUAAUGAAUUUUUUGAGUCUCUGCCAGUGCUGCCUCACCAUUUUAAGAGAUUAAUUACGCACAUUUGAAAAUGAACUUUUUUGUUUGUGUAUUUUUAUACUGAAUAUUUAUGAAAUGAACUCAUGGACACUCUGGUAAUUUCAUUUUUCGCGAUGAAGUUUUAUCUUUGUUAUUCUGGGUACUCUCGUAGUAUGUGCAUCAAGUUAGAGUUAGGCCACAAUUUUAUUCUGAUUUUCCUCAUUUUACCGGUGGUUCUAUUACAUGUUGGGGACUUUCUGUUUUAGCCAAGUAUACCCCCUGACCAUAGGUUUUAGUCCCUUUACACAACUUGAUGUAAAAUAGGAGAACAAAAUUAGUUACCUCCAUGGUACACAUACUUCUGGAGCGCCUAAUUUUGUCUUUAUUCUCGAUAUAUGUGAAUGCCAUUUUCAAGUAGUUCUAGAUUCCAAACCCAAAUUUUGCAAAUUUUCAAUUAAUAUUGUGGAUUAUACCAAAUCUAAUUCUCAAAAUUCGAGAGAUAUAUUAUUUUCAUCAAAAAUGCUCUAAUAAUUUCAGAAAAUUUUUGCUUUUUGCAAUGAAAUGUCAUCUCUGAGAUCUUGUUUUGUAUUUGAGAACUAGGGUCUUGGAUACUUAAAAAUGUUUUUUUUAUUUGAAGUUAUGAAUUGUACCGAAUCUUACUUUAAAAAUUACCAGAUAUAUUAUUUUUAUUGAAAAUGCGCAAAUAAUUUGAAAAAUUUUUGUUCCUUGCAAUGAAAUGUCAUAUUUAAAAUUUUGUAAUUAAAUUUGUCAUUCAUUUGUUUCUUAUAAUAGAAAUAGAUUUCUUUUUCAAAAUCAAAGUUAUGAAUUAUACCAAUUAUCAUUCUGAAAAUUUGACAGUUAUAUUGUUUUCAUUAUAAAUUUUUGAAAAAUUAAUUUCUAAGUUCUGUAUCUAUUUUGAUAUGGUCUGGGUAAAUGAAAUGGAUUGAAUAUUCAUUGAUGGUAUGAAAUAUCCCAAUAUCGCUAAAAAAAAAAUUUAACAGGAAAAAAAAAAUUCUGAAUCUUGAAGUAGAACCUUUUCUCAAAUUGCAUAAAUUCCCUAUAAUGUCCUUACUAUAUUCGCUGAAUGUAAAUCAGAAUGAAUUUAAAAUUAUAAGAUGUUUUUAUAUCUAACCUUGGUUUUCUUGUCUAGUUAUGGAAUAAUUGAAAUAAUUUUUAUUCCUUUUUGACUUGUAAAAUGACUUAUUAUCAAUUUAUUCCUGAUGUUACUGAUACGUUUGUUACUUUAUUGCUGCUUUUAUUGAAUAUGCUCUAACCUUGACUAAAUACUGAUUGAAGAUUUGGCUAGGAUUGGCAGAGUUUAAAACGCAAAUUGCAUUGCAUUCCUCUGAUUGCACUAAAAAUUCGGCUAUAUGCCUACGCUAUUGCUAGGUAUUCGUUGAUUACUUUCCAUAAUAUGUAAUGGACUGAAAACUUAUUCCAACUCGGACCCUGGUUCCUUAGCCCAGUUCAUAAUGAAUGGGUACUCCCAUGGUAUGUGAACCAAGAUGGCGGACACCGGAACGUAGUAUGUGUACUAGGUUAGGGUUAGGCUGUAAUUUUAUUGCAAUUUUCCUUAUUUUAGUUCUAUCACGAGUUAAGGGACUAGCCGAGUGACUCCCGUAGUAUUUGUACCUGGAAUUAUAGCCAACACUAACCUGAUGCACAUACUAUGUUCCGGUGUCCGCCAUCUUGGUUCGAAUACAUCUGAAGUACCAAUAAAUUCGGUGGGUUAUGCCAGAACAGAAAGCGUUCGGUCAUUCCAAAAUAUAGUAGUUCCCUACUUAGCAUUACAGAUAUCAGUAGAUACAUCCCAGUACAGGGCGUUGCUCAAAGCAAAGGCUUGAAUAAAGAUUGUAUAAAAUACCAUAUGGUAAUAUUUGAUGGUGUGUGGUUUUUUUAUGAUCAAUAAUUUUUUAUUCUCGUUUUUAUUCUUAUUAUUGUUUAUGUUAAUCGGAAUAUUUAUGAUUGUUUGCAGA